CUUUACUUCAUUGCGUUAUAAAUAUCUGAUCAAUUAGAGUAGAACUCACUCAUAUAAAAGGACCGAAGAAAGUUUUAGUUCACAAAGUAGGACUAAUCAUUCAAAAAAGCAAAAUGAUCAAGAUAGCUCUUUUCUUUUUGGCUUGCUUCGCUUUCGUUUAUGGCAAUGAUGUUAUACAUCAUUACGGCAAACAUGGUGGACAUGGCGUAAGUUCCCGGUAUUUCAUUAAAUCUCAAGGGCACGGACUCGGAUAUGGAGGGUAUGGUCUUGGCUACGGUGGAUAUGGACUCGGCUAUGGUGGAUCCGGACUUGGAUAUGGUGGAUAUGGGCUGGGAUAUGGAAGUUACGGAGCAGGAUAUGGAGGCUAUGGUCGUUACGGAUAUGGAUUUUAAAGGGAAUUGAUAUCAGGAAGAAAGGAAAUUUCUGGAUUUCGUACUUUUUUGAUUUGAUGCUUUUUUAUGUUGUUCUUGUGUUGUAAUAAAGUAUUUAUUUUUUAAAAAAAUAA